UGCCGACAGUUUUUUGACAUUCAACAUUUUUUUAUUUUCACGUUUUUUUAUCGAUGCAACAGCAUGAGACCGCGUGGAUAAUGUUUAGUCUUUUAAUUUUAAGUAUUUUAUGUAUUCUAUUUUAAUUUUUGUUUAAAAAAUGUUGCCUUCAGCUGAAGACAUAAUAAUUAAUGAAUUAAGAUUUGAAAAUUGUCCGCAAGAAGUAACUCAAGACGUACAGUUAAAAAAUAUUUUAUUGGAAUUAGAAAAAACCGUGAAAGAAUUGGAACAAAAAAAGUUCAUAAAAGAAAUUGUCGAAAUUUAUUUAAAUAGUGUGAAAGUUAACCAAGAAAAUGUGGAAGCAAAAAACUGUUUUUUAGAGUUUUUUACUAAGUUCAAUUCAAAAAAAGUGUUAAAGAAGUAUUUGCAGGAUGUUGUAAAAAAAUCUGAUAUAAUAAUUCCAUUAAUUGAAGGAACAACAAAAGAGAUUUUAGAUGCAGCAAAAAACAAAAAAUGUAAUAUUAAGCAGUGUGCAGAUUUAUUAAACUUUGUGUAUUAUAUGCAGAAUUCUGCGAAGUUUGACUAUGAACAAGCUAUUAAACAUUUAUUUCCUUUAUACUACAUGGUUUUUGAAGGUUUUGUGUACCAUUCAAAGUCUGACUUUAAACAAGUAGCGUCAAUAUUAGAAGAACUGUUUGCCUUGUUAAAUGUACUUUUAAAACAGGUUUUAUCAAUUUUUGUAAAAAAGGUUCCAUAUAUUGAUGAUGUGUCAAAAGAGUACAGUGUCAAUCUUAUUUUAUUAUCUCAUGCAGUUAUAGUACAUAAAAAAGUCGGAUUUGAUAUUAAAAUUAAAGCAGGAUUAAUUUUGACACAUUCCUUUAUUGUAAUUCCAGAUAAUUUUUCCAGAAACUUUAAAUAUAAAGAAUGUCCUUCUCUAGAGCUACUAGAAGAAUAUAAUAAGAAUAAAUUUACUUUAGGAAAAAAAGAAUUGGCUGUUUUUAGGGAAUCAGAACAAUUAGCCAUUAUUUAUGCAUCAAUUUUGAAUGUUUUGCCAAAGGACAAAUUAUGUCAAAUAGAAAUAAACAAUGAAACUUUAUUCUGUGUACUGUACAAUGGUCUCAUGGAUUGUGCAAAAAGAACAACCAGUAUUCCUCCUGUAAUAGUGGAAAUUAGUAGAACGUUGUCUUUAAUAAGUAAACACAUGAAAGACAUACCACUGAAUUUAAUAGAACCUCUAUUUUUUCAAGCUAUUUCUUUUAUCUGGUCCCACAUUGGGCACUUUGUAGAUGGUGUAAGAAAUAAUACUAAACUGUUUUUUAUUGAAAUGGUUGGUGUGGCAGCUUACCAUAAAGCUAAUGAAUGUCAUACAUUAUCAGAUAAUCUCUUAGUGAACGUUAAACAUUUAAGUAACACACACACUCUGAAAUUUUUGGCUCUUGAAUAUAUAGCCCUGAACAUGGGUUGUGUAUAUUUGUUAGAACAUUUCUCCACUGUUCCAGAAGAUCUGCUUAAAGUUAUUUCAGAAUUCACCAUAUCUGAAGAGGUAUGUAAGUGUUAUAUGGCAUUAAUGGAAAAAUAUUACGAAGAGGUAGAUAAUGAAACAUGGAUGACCACAUGGAUUUCGCCUGUUACCAAUUGUUUGUCAAAAUGCGCUCAUUGCGCCCCAUUAUGUCAAAAUAUAUUAACUAGAGCUUUUCAGAUAUAUCCUACUGUUUUACGAAAAAUUUUCUCAAAUGAUCACGUUGGGGAUCUGCAUGAAUACAGGGUUCUAUUAAAAUGUCUUCAAUAUGCCCGUGCAACUAGUACGGAAUUAGCUCUGGAAAAAAAUGAAGAAACUGGUUUUUAUUGGAGAGGUUUAAUUGAGAAACCAAAAUUAGAAAAUUUUAUGAUAUAUUCGGAUGAAGAAAUAAGAAUAUCAGUAUUAGCAGCUUUAGUUGAUUGUCAAAAAUCGACAGAAGUUUUCCUUAACUGGGAGCUGAAUUUUUUAUUAAAGUAUUUACAGUACAACAUAACCUCACAAAUCCCACAUUUUCGUAAGCAGAUUGUUACGUAUUACAAAAAGGCACUCGCAAGGUUCAACGCUGGUUUCUACGUCAUCCAAAGAAAUAUCUCAAUCUUAGAAAAAAGGGUGGAAAACUUAGAACCAACUGAUGAAGCAUUCCAAGUGCUUACGGUUUACCAGGAGUUAAGAGUAGCUUAUAGAACUUUCAUAGAAACUUUUACUAAAUUUUUAAUUUCUAAUUUAACAUUUGAUUCGAAUUAUCCGCGUCGUUCCGUAAGUUUGGAAUUGCUACUUAUAAUACAGACAUUAAGACCAGUAGACGAUUGGCAAAGCCUUUGGACAGAGGAUGAUGUAAAGAACUGUCACAGCAUUCUGUUUGAUAGUUAUGAAAGUAAUAAGAAAAUGGCGGCUGCAUUGCUAAAAAAUCUACCUGCUAGUGCUAUUGGUUUUACAAAUAUCGAAUUUACAUUCAAAUAUAUGCAACGUUGUCUUAAUAUCGCCUUGGCUAUUAAACCAAGUAAAACGCUGUCGGCAGCAUAUUUACUCGAAAUUUGUGCCCAUUCUCCAUUUUUUUACGACAUAGUACAAUAUGGCCAAAACGAGACUGACACAAGACAAAUCCACAAUCCAAUUUUGGACAUGCUUGUUGUUUUGACCGGAAAGCUGAUUACUCAAACUAAUAUAGAAGUCGAUGUUUGUAACCCAAAAGUUGCUAAUUAUGGAAUUUUGCAAAGUAUUAGGCAUCUUUUACAAAGCAGAGACAUGAGUAAAAACAACGAUGCAUGUUCAGGAUUAUUUGAACACCUCACCACAAUAUGCCUUAAUCUCAAAGACCACAUUAUGCCAAUAGUAUGUAAUCCUUCUCCUGAAGGUUACUUACCUGAUUACGGAGAAAUAAUUUGCGAGAGUACCGAGUCUGCAAAAUCCCAAAUAAUUUUGGUAUACUCUUGGAGAACAAUGAAGGAAAUGACUUUGUUGCUUGCUGAAAUUAUUAGACAGACUGUGAAAUUAGAAAAUUGCUUCGAAAUGUUAGGGGAAAGUUUUAUGAUUAAAAUUGGGGAAUUUUUUCUAGACGUUUUCAUAGCUACUAAACACAGAGGAGUUUUUGAACAAGCUUACGUUGGAUUUUCUGUUAUUUGUGAAUCAUUCUGGACAUCAUCAAAUCCGAAAUUGAAUUGUCUUCCAAAAGCAUGGUUAAAAGACGGGUUGGCGCUUUGUACAGGAGAAAAAAAGUCUGAUAAAUUAUGUGCUACAAGAAGAAGUGCUGGAUUGCCAUUUUUAAUACUUUCUAUUUUGAGUUCAGAGCCAAUUUUUGACCAACUUCGUUUUCACAAUUCAAUCACAAAACUUUUGAUAGCUUGUGAAAGCUUUAGUGAUAUCAACACCGAACAUCGAAUGCACUGUAUGAACGUUUUGAGAGCCAUGUUUCGACAUAGUCGACUUGGAGAAAUGGUGUCCUCGUAUAUAGGCAAGGGAGUUAUUGUUGCAAUCAGUGGCUUCAAGAGCGACAAUUGGAGUAUUAGAAACUCUGCGACACUUUUGUAUGCCGCUUUGAUAACCAGAAUGUUUGGCGUGCAAAGGACCCACGAUUCUGAUGACGUGUGCUUGAAAAACCGGUUAACUGUCAGAGUUUUUUUCAUGCGAUAUCCGGAGUUGUUUCAGUUUUUGCUGGAGAAAUUGACAGAAGAAAGCAGCAAAAGUGAUAGUCUGCUCUUGCAUCCAGUUUUAAUGAUACUUGCCAGGCUGUAUCCUUCACACUUUGAGGAAUAUAAUACCCAGAUGGACAAAUAUGUACCACAUCUGACAACGUGUCUGUCAAAUCCGGUGUUUAGAACAAGAGAACUGGCUGCUAGAGCAUCAGUUUCUUUCAUAAAAUGUGAGCAUGUUCCUAGUCAUUUAGAUAAUAUUUUUAAAAUUUUAGAAGACACCAAUAUUAAUGAUAACCAGGCUCACGGUAUUUUAUUACAGAUUUUAUAUACUCUAAAAUCCAAUAAUGUGCCGGGAGCUCCAAUUACAAAUUACAUUGAAAACUCACUUCAUUUAUUGAAAUUAGUAGGAAAGAAAUUUAGUCACAUGACAGCUUCGCUGUUCAUGGAAGUCAUUAUGACAAUUUUAUUGAAAUACUCAAAUUAUGAAGAUUUACAAAUGCUAAAAACCAUUGCAAGCAUAUUAUCUAAACAAAUAACCUCGGAUCUCAUACCAACAACAUCAAUGUCAAAAUGUUCAGAAACUAGAAUGUCAUUACUUCUGUUCAUAAUAAUCAACAAAUUCGAAGAAAGUGAUUUAACUUUUUCAACCAUAACCAAUCAGAUCAUGUGUCAACUAUAUGGACACAAUGUAGAAAUGAAAAAUUACUGCUUGAAUCUGUUAAUAUAUCUCAACGAAUGUAACAGUGGAAUUAAACACCCUUUAUAUAAAAUGGAAGAACUUCAAAUCCCUAUAGAAAUAGUUACACUAGUUGAUAGUUUUGAAAAAUCUUCCAUAAUGAAAAUUUUAACGAAUACUCAUCAGUAUCUUAAGUAUUUUUUGACUGAAGAAAUUAAACACCAACAUUAUAUUAGGAUAGAGGACCAAGUGAUGGUUUUCAUUUUAUUAAAUUAUUAUCCUUGUGUUACUAAACAUAUUAAUUUAAGCAAGCAAGAGACAUUGAAUUUUUUGAUUAAAUUGUGUGGCUGUGAUAACGAAGAACUUAUUAGUGCUGUGGUUAGUUGUAUAAGCACUUUUUUAUUCCAAGUGGACUACAAUGUUUUGAAAUAUGAACAGUUAGUGCAAGUGUUGGUUGAGAGUGCUUCGCCUGCAGCAAGCGAUUACAGGAGGUUGGCAGUUUCCGAGUUAUUGGUCAAAAAUUACAUUUUAUUCUGCAACGAGGAUAAUAUUUUAAUUGGUGAUGACCUUCCUAUGGUUUUACAUAUUGUUAUGGUUCUACUAGAAGAUGAUGAUGUAAUGGUUAGAAAUAGUAUGAGCGAAUUUGCAACAGUCCUGAAAGUCAGAAUUACACUUAGCAAUAAUUCAAAACAAACCUUUUCUGGUCAACGAUGGUCUGUAAUGCCAGAAAAGGCUCGUGAAGAUUUACUAACAUUAGCCUCGAUACUACUUCCAACAGAAAAGGCUGUUUGUUUUUUAUUUUCUUGGACUUGUCGUCAUUUUCCUGAUACUUCCAAUGACGCAUCCGAGGUAUUUGAACGUGGUGAACUCAACUCAUAUGCUGAAAACGUUCCAUUCCUAACUCACUGCAAUAAAUUACUCCAUGAUCUUCUUUGGACCCUAGAAGACGGUCUCAACUACGAGGAUAAGUCCAUCUUUAUCGAGGAACAUACCCUUAUGGUUACAACGGUUCUUUUGGACUCAAUUUUAAAACAUCCUUCUCCAAUGAUGUUAUACAAAACUAAAGUGUCUGUGAUAUGUGCUCUGAAAUCGACGGUGAAAUUUUUAGAACGAGUCGAAAUUAAUAAUAAUUUUAGAAACGAUUUUAGGACUUAUUUAAAUGAGACGAUUGUAGGGUAUCUGACUAAACAUGUAGAACACACUGAUCUGUUUAGUGUCAAAUGGAUUAUUAAACACAUUUAUGAUCCGAUAUUGAACCCUGAAACCACAUGAUGAAAUCCAAUUGCAUAUUAUUUGUUAUUCAAAGUUUAUUCAACAUUCGACAAAUGACUUAAUUAUUUUAAAUCUCUCAAUACCAAGAGAAAAUGUUUAUUGUCUUCUUGACACACCGAUGUCUGUGUUCAAUGUCGACUUUUAGAAAACCUCAAUGGUCUGUCAAUUGUCAAGUAAUGUAGAAUAAACUUAAUUGUAUUAUGUGUAAAUCGACCAAACUUAAUUUUUAAGUAUUAUUAUUUUUUUUUCAAAUCUUCGGACUUUCUGAAAGACUGAUCCGAUUUUGUGAAACUUUAAAAUUUACACAACUUUGGGCUAAGCAGAAAGUUGUUUUUUGAAAAUAUUUGUGAUUGUUAUUUUUUGAAUGUCUUUUAUUGAAUUUUAUCAUCAAAUGUAAUUUUCUGUUUAUUGAAAUAUUUUAAUACACUAUUUAGAUAUUUUAUUUCUUUAUUAAAAUAACAAACGCUAAGAGAAUUUCUGUAAGAGCACAAUGCAAAAUUGAAUUAUUUUUGUUCCGCUUACUAUAUUGGGUGACAACUUAAAAAAUCGCAAAGGAUAAAUCUCAUGAACUAAAGAUGAUAUCAGAAAAGUAAAACAAUUUAUUUUAUUCUUCUGGACUAAAAAUAUUUAAAUCAGAUAAAAAUAACAUCUUAUGUUAAAAUAAUUUUUUAAUUAUUAUGUACUAUUAAUCACCAUCUGUAGAGUAAAACAUAUCUUUAAAAAGCAUUUUUUACUAUUAUUUAUUUUUUGAUUUGUUGAGGGAGGUGCUGUAUAGGGGGUUGAUGGGGUGAGUUUUAUAUUUUGUCAUUUAAGUUCCCCUUCAUAUGGUAAAAACGGUUUUAAGCAUUUUCUAAUAUCAUCUUUUGUUCAUGGGAUGUGGAUAUAGCCAUUGUAAGUUUUUAAAUUAUCACCCUGUAUAAAUCAUUAUAAUAUACAGUCUGUUCGCUAUACUUACGCGGGUUUCGGAUUAAAAAUUUUAUGAGUAUUUCCAGGUAAGUACCCGAAAGUUUGACCUGUUCUUUGGGGAAAUAUCAACUGGUUAAAUGAAAUGAAAAAUAAUGUACAACUUUUUAAUUAAAUAAUAAUGAAGAAUCUUUUGUAUAAUUGAGAGCAGAAUUAAACUUCUUCAUUAAUGGAGUCUAAUGUGGCUAUUAUAAACCUAAUAAUAAUAAUUUUAUAUUGCACUUCACACAGAAAAUAUGGUCUAUGUAUAAUAAGAGGGUUAUUUAGCUCAAAUAAAAUAUUUUCUAACAUAAAAAUUUGUUCCAUGUAGAGAUUUUCAAAUGAAAAAUAAAAAAAUUGAACUUGCCAACAAAAAUGAAAAUCGGUCAUUAUCAUCCAAAAUAUCAUAAUCGUCGUCAUCAUCAUUGACUAUAGAUUAGUGAUAAAAAUAUAGAAAAUCACUAACCAUUAAGAUAUUAUAUUUAAACAAAGAUUUAGAUAAUGUAGUGACAAAUUCUUAUUCACAGAGAUUUACUAAUUCAAAUUUAGAUGGUUUAUUGCAUAAAAUUUAU